GCACUGUAUCAGCCGAUGUGUACCUGGCCUUCGUUUGGCUAAUCUCAGCCUGUGGCAGUGCUUCUCCCCCAUUCUUCACCCAAACAUCACACUUGUUCUCCCUGUGUUUCCUACAACAUUGCACGGAACAACUGGAAAACGCAGAUUUUGACUGGGUGUCCACUCCGGAGGCCGGUUCCAGCCGUUUCGCGAAAUUCGGUUCCGUUGAACUAUGACCGUUCCGAUGAAAAACUAUGGCCACUUUCAAUAAUUUCCCGGAAGAGGGUCGUCCGCCGGACUCGCCGUCCCGGAAGUUCACCCGGAAACAUUACCCGCCGCGGAAUAACUCCUGGAGUCACCCCAAUAGCUUAAUCUGUGCGGAAAAUGCCGAAAUCAAUCGUAACGUGGGCGAUAAAAAGAGCCACAGUCUCAAAAACAAGCUAUUUUGUAUCAAAAAGCCCCUCGAUGAGGAUAAAACCACGUUGAAUAUCCUCAAUGUCCAGACAUUGGGCGAUUCAAGUGCCUCUAAAGCCGUUUGUGAUAAUGACCCGUCCUGUUCCCGUGAUCGGAACAGGAAUUCGUUCCACCAGGACGUGGAGGAGGCUCUGAGUUCGCUGUUGUGGCAACCGUACGAGUACCAGAACUGCAGCUCUUGCAGCAGUAGUGUAACGUUAAGCGACCUUGAUGAGUCGUCGCCAAACAAAGGCCCUUUACACUCAUCAGACCUAAAUCUUCGAACCCAAAUGGUGAACAACCUGAAGCCGUCACCCAGCCAAUCGCGGCCCGGCAAGCCGUCACGUGACGCGUUCUCUUGUUAUGCUGCAAGUAGGUUGAACAGUCAAGCCAGUUUACUGGAGUUACUCGACGGUGGUACCGGUGAUAGUGUCAGUGAUUGUGAUGUGUUGCCCUGCAAAAACAGUGAUAUGCACCUGGAAGUCACGGAACCCGACCCCGGUGCCACCACCAACGUGCUGAGCAUCCCGACGGGAACCCAUGGCCUGAGCAGCGCCAAUGUCGUGGGUCUGCCCGAGAACCCGCGACGGGCGUCGGUACCAUCGCGGAGCGUCCAUCCGCGCAACGGCUCGGAACCCGUCCGCACCCAGGACCCCAUAACCCACCUCCGGAGCGCCUCCGUGCCCAAGCAAAUGCCCAACGUUAGCAACAUCAACGUGAAUUUCUACCGAGCGGUUCCAGUCAACGUCGUAUCUUCGGUACCAACCAUCCAAUGCUUGAAUACCCUCGAAGGGAACAAUGUUUCCAACGUGCAGAUCAUGCCGCUGGGCUCGGGAACCACUCAAGUGACGGUCCACAACCCCACUUCCGUGAACGUGGUGCGAACCUUCACCUCCACGGAGGCGCAGACGGACGAGAUCGCCGUUUGUCCGCCGCCGCCGGAGACGACGGCCACCACCAGGGAGCAGAGACGGAAGGAGCGGCGGGAGCGGCGCCACCAAAGACGAACCAACGGUACCAAUCAUCGACAUACGGUCGACAGUGGUACCCAAGCCAAUACUUUGCAAAAUGAAAGGCUUCCGGAUUUGCUCAAUAGUCACAUGCCGCCGCCGUAUUCACCCCUACCUAGUAAUGUGCCGCCCCCUAAUGUGGUACUACCGACUCCUAUGAUGGUACCACCACCGCAUCUUCAAAGUGUUGGACCUAACAAUGUAGUGCCUAGUGGUUUAGUGGCGUUUCCGCCCCCGCAAGUUGUGGCGGGGCAAGGACCGGUGGCGGUUCCAGUGCCGCCGCCUUCAGGGUUUAGGUUUCCGUUCCCAGCCGGGGGAUUCAGAAGAGGCCGCUUCUCCGAGGAGCCCCCCAAAGGCUGUUGCGGGCUGUUGGCGUGGAAACCGGGCUCUUUGCGCUGGUUCAUAGCAGUGAUCGCUUUGGUGGCUGUCUGUUGUGUGUUGGUUGGAACAGCCCUGGGUGCCAUGAGACCCGCAGGACGGGACCAUCUCACAGUGUCCCUCCUCAUGAUAGGUGUGGGCAUCGUCUUGGUGACGGUCAGUGGCGUGGCCUGGAGACUCACUUCGCACGAUUCGUCAACUUGUCGCUCGAUGCUCGGCUUAGGUUCGACCGAAUCGGUCGAUGUGUGCACUCGACGUUUCGUUCCUCGUUUACCGCCGUCGUACGGCCGUCCCCAUCACCCCUACGCCGCUAUGAUGUACCCAGAGUUCCAGUACCGGCCGCCGCCCCCUAGCUACCAAGCCUCCAUGCAAGAAUAUAGACUGAGACUUUUGCUUCUGGACAGAGGCAACACUCCGCAAAUCCAGGCCGGGAUACAGAACGCCGUCUCGCCGCCUCCGACGUACCGCAGCCACGCUGGCAGUCUGCUUAGGGCGCCUUUGUCGAAUCGGAGAGACACGGCACAGUCGGAGUACAGUUGUCCUCCGUCUUAUCGUUCGCAAAACAGUACGAAUCGACCGGGGACUCUACAAAAUUCGGUUCUGCACAGCCGGGAACAGAGCUUGAGUUUGUCGGAGUCGAAUCAGGAAGAGUCGGUCAACGUUGUGAAUAUUUUAGGCAGUACUGAAGAAGACAUGGCUUUAGAUAAUAUAACUUUAGAUUCGUUGAAAAUGGAGCCGGAAAGUGAUAUUAAUCCGUUGAGGAUGCUUCUUAAAGGCAGUUCCAGUGAUCUUGAAGGUAGCAAAGACGGGAAUUUGGUCACUAUUGUGCAAACGAGCGACCAAAGCCCGGUCAUUGUUACUGUGAGCGGAAGCUCGCAGAUCGAAGGCAGUACAAUGCAAAUACCAUCCGAAAUGGAGAUACUGGCGCACUUAUAGUCGAAACUCCCAUUCCUUAAGGUUAGUGUGCAGUAAUGUAUCACGUUGUAUUAUAAUUAUGCGAUGACAUGUGCCUAUAUUGUGUAGAUAGUUUAUAAAUAGCACUCUGUAUAUUACUAUUAUAUUUUAAACUGUAUAAAAGUAAAUUUUUAAUAAGAAUUGUUAAA